UUCAAUUAGUUUCUUUGAAGUCUUAAUUCAAUCUUUGUUUUUGGUUUAAAGUGCGUAGAUACUAAUUUUAGACACAACGGAGAUGGUACAGAAAAAGAAAACCCUGAGGUCGAUUUUGAACAGAUAUCAAUUAUGGAAUCGAGUUUUAUUUAAAGGAGAGCAACCAAUUGAUACUUCAAUGGAUUUUAGUCUUGUGGUUUUAAGAGCUAUAGGAUUUUGGCCCUCGAAAUUUUCCGAAGAAACCCUCACCUAUACAAUUGGCAAUAGUAUUCUGAUGUUCAUGCUGACAUUUUUCAUCCUCACCAUAACUGCUGAUCUUUAUGAAGCCUCAUCAGAUAUUAUUAUGUUCGGAGAAGAUUUAUGCGUCUUAGUUGGACUCUAUUUAAUUUUUCUAAAAAUUAUCCUAUACCGAAUUUAUAAAUCAAACAUCCAACGAAUUGUCGAAGAAUUUCAUUGUCUACUCAAAAAAUUCGCUUUUGGAUCUACGGCCAUUCGAAAGAUCCAAAGACAAAGUUACAUUCGUGAUAUUGUAAUUUUCAAUACUUUUGUUGUUUUGGGAAAUUUUCUUUUUGUGGCAUUAGCUUUUCAACCAAUCUUUUCCGGGGAACCAAGAACUUUACCAUUUCGUGCAAAAUAUCCAUUUUCCAUUGAUGAUCAGCUAAGAUUUCAAAUAGUCUACGGUUUUCAAUGUUUUUGUACUUUGGUUUGCAUUAAAAUUAUAGUUUAUAUUGAUAAUGUUGGAUGUUUGAUAAUUAAUCAGACGGCUGCUAAUUUGGAAAUAAUUUGUGAGAAAAUUAGAGAAUUUAGAGGAAAGAAAAUGAGCCGUGAAGACUUGGGUGCAAUAAUCGUGGAUCAUCAGAGGAUUAUCAAGUUAAUCGAUUAUGUUAACAAAUACUACUACUAUAACUUUGUUGGACAAGUUGGAGCCAGCACUUUCUUAAUAUGUUUGACAGCUUUUGAAGCGCAACUUGCUAAAGAUCAACCUUUGGUGGCUUUGAAGUUUCAAGUUUUCAUGUUUUCGUCAUUUAUGCAACUUUUCUAUUGGUGUUGGGUGGGAAACCAAGUACGAUUUAACUCAAUAGAAGUUGGUGUUGCUGCUUAUGAAACUGAAUGGAUUUCACAGUCACCAUCUUUCAGAAGAGAUUUGAUGUUUCUUAUUUUAAGAGCUCAAAAACCUCUGUCAUUUAGGGCGCAACCAUUGUAUGGAUUUGACUUUGAAGCAUUUUCUAAAAUACUCAGUUCUUCUUAUUCGUUUUUUACAAUGUUGAGGACAAUAAGUGAUUAAAGAACUAACAUGGGGAUGAUACAUUUUCAAGAAGAAAUUACGAGUUAUUUCAUUUCUCAAGAAGAGUUAUAGUUGAAAAAUUGUUUUUCAUAUUUUAAUAAAUUGCACAAGUCUCUCUCAUAUU